AUGGGUGUUUUUGUAAUUUCAGAAAUAUAGAAGAUUAUCCAAAAAACGUGUCAGCAUAUUCUUCAGAGUGUUCAUUAGAUUAGAGAUUAGAUCAGAUCUCUUCGUUUUUACAUUUCCAAAAUGGCGUCCUCUUGUGUUCCUCAUCUUUCUCUCUCAGGUGGUUCUCAAUCUCAUUACGUGAAUGCAAAUGGACUGUCCACCGCAAAGCUCAAUUCGAUCUGUAAAUCCUCUGCAUUGAGUAUCCAGAAGAAAUCAAACCGGACUCGCAACUUUUCAGUUUGUGCAGAGUAUGGGAGAAGGAGAGGAAGCGGUGGUGGUGGUGGUGAUUUCGUAGCUGGUUUUCUUCUUGGAGGUGCUUUGUUUGGCGCUGCCGCCUACAUCUUUGCUCCACAGAUCCGAAGAUCGAUAAUGAGUGAAGAAGAUGAGUAUGGAUUCAAGAAGCCAGAGCAACCAAGUUACUACGACGAAGGUUUGGAGAAAACAAGGGAGACUUUGAACGAGAAGAUUGGACAGCUUAACUCGGCUAUUGAUAAUGUCUCUUCGCGUUUAAGAGGUCGAGGGAAGAAGAGUUCUACCUCCCCUGUCGAAACUGAUGCAGAAGUUGAAGCUACUACUUGAAAAGAAAAGAAGAACACAAAACACUUUCGCAAAGUUGUUACUUAUUCUCUGUUUUUGUGCUCUCUGUCCUAUGUAGAGCUCUUGCAAAGUUACGAUGUUACUGUCUCUUUUGGGUUUUGUAGUGAAAUUUUAAUUUGGUUUCAUUUAAUUCAACUCAGGGAUUAGACAUAGCUUAUAAUGCAUCUUGUUUUUUUUUUUUAAAAAGAAUAUAAAAAAGAUAAACAUUGGGCGGUGGCGUUCUCGCACAUCCAAAAAUAUCCAAACAGAGAGCCCAAAGGCCAAGGGCCAAAACUCAAGAACAAAACAUAAAAGGAGAAACCUUUCAUCAGUUCCAAACACAAAGGUAGUCUAGAAAGCAAUCCUCAAAAUUCCUUUUUUUUUUCUUUUCCUCGGAAAGUUUUCGGUUUUGAUAAUUGUUGAUACGGAAAGUACAAAGACAUCUUCAAUCACCACUUUCAGGAGGUUUCUGUUUGAUGACGUGCGAGGAGAUUGUUCCUCUUGUCGUGUCAGAUGGAAGAUCAUCAUGAUAAGUCUCCUUCUCCCAAGGAUUGCUAUAAGAUUCUAGAAGUUGAUUACGACGCAACUGAGGAUUUGAUCAGACUCAAUUAUCGCAAGCUUGCUUUGAAGUGGCAUCCUGAUAAACACAAAGGCGAUACUGCAGCUAAAGAGAAAUUCAUAGAGAUAAAUGAAGCUUAUAACGUGCUGAUGGACCCCGCUGCACGUUUUGAGUACGACUUAACCGGCAUUUACGAGAUUCACAAGUACACUUUACGGGAAUAUCUCGCCAGAUAAGGAAUGAUACUCACUUGCAAUGGCCUUGGCAUCAGCCAAUCCUUAGCACCAUGGACACAUCAAUUGUCUGACACCACCAACAAACCAACAGAUUAGCAAGGAUACUCUUAUAAACCGAAAGCAGAAGUUAGAGGAGAGCUGUAAAAACUGUGGUCAAGAUUCUCAAAACACUUUCCCAUCUCGCCGGCCUUUAACACGGUGUGUUUGUCAUGUACAAAACUGAAAGCCGUAGGGCUGAAAGCAUUGAUGGACAUACUGAAAUGCUUUUAGUUAGAUGUUGUAUUGUGUUUCUUUAUCGAUAUAGAAUUAGAGAAGCGUAUAUGGUUUCUAUUCAUACAUUGGUGAUGAUGAUUCAGGUCUUGUACUAAAACUGACUGUUUUUGAGGCUUGAGACACGAAAGAGAAUAAUACAAUCAAUGGAUUGAAACUUCUA